AAGAGUUUAGUCCAAGUCCCUCAUUUUAUAGAUGAGGAAAUCAGAGAAGUAAGAGUAACUUCUCUAAGAUCACGCAGUGACAGAGCAGGGAGGGACUAUAGAAUCCAGAUCUCCUUACUCCUUUGCUCCAAUGUCAUUGCCCAUCUCUCCCAUUCUCCACCCCCCUCCCCCAACAUGUUUCAGGAGGUUCCAUAUGUGACCCAAGACUCCUCCUAUGACUUCCUGGAGGACGGUGGGGCCAGUGUGGAGGGCAGCCCCCAAGAGGAAGUGAAGCAGAUGAAGAUGCAGGUGGCUGAGCCUCUUUCCUCGAAGCCAGCUCCAGGUAAAGGGCCCGCAGGCGAUGAGCCCGAGCCUUCAGCUGUGCUCCGGGAGGGGGUGAUGGAACAUAGCACGGAGAUGGAGCUGGAGAAGGUGAGGAUGGAGUUUGAACUGACCAGACUGAAGUACCUGCACGAGGAGAACGAGCGCCAGCGGCAACAUGAGGAGGUGAUGGAGCAGCUGCAUCGGCAGGCACCACCCCGGCUGUUCCCAGGAGGAUUCCAGGACCUCCUACUCCCCCAGAAUCAGUUUGCUAUGUUCCUGUAUUGCUUCAUCUUCAUUCACAUCAUCUACGUCACCAAGGAGAUGAUCUUCUUCCUCUUCACCAAGCAUUACCUCUUCUGCAUUGCUGCCAUUCUGCUCUGUUUGAUUAAAACCUUGUGGUCUUACGUCCUGUGCCCCCCUGCUCUGCCGACCUGAUGGGUCCACCAUGGAAACUUAACUUUCAAGUAGGCGAAGUUGUCCUCCCCUUUCCCAUCCUGAUUCCUCCCCCCUGGUAUUCUUUCUUAUUCUCAAGCAUCAGACAAUUCCACCACUCCCAAACAUGUUCUGAAGAAAGGAUUAACACUUUAUUCCUGUG